AUGGCUGCACGAGCAAGGAUGAAUGUGCAAACAUUUCCACGGCCGCCUUUGUUAGAGAAGAUAUCGCGUCACUUACAAAUUGUAUGGAACGGACAAGUGAUUGCAGAAACUCGAGAUGCCUAUUGGGUUCUGGAAACGCAUCACCCCCCGACGUACUACCUACCACUGGCGGCUUUGAAGGUGCCGCUGACCCCGACGCGUCGAAGCACCUACUGCGAAUGGAAAGGUGCGGCUACAUACUAUACAAUCACGGCUCCUGCACCAUCGUCCGGAAGAACACCUGAGGUGGUUUCCAACCGAAUCUGGUCUUAUGAAUCUCCAACACCGGGGUUCGAGGCGAUCAAAGGGUACCUGUCAUUCUAUGCCGACCCGUGGAAUUGCUUCGUCGACGAUGAGGCAGUCCAGCCACAGCCGGGUGACUUUUACGGGGGAUGGGUGACUUCAGAGAUCGAUGGCAUCGUGAAGGGGGCUCAUGGCAAUUGGGACCCUGUGGUAUGA